UUCUCUUUCGACAGAUUCAAAAUACAAUUCUUAAUUGUAAGUUUGUCACCUUAGAAUCUUAAAGGAUAAUCAAAAAAUAUUAUCCAGGUAAGGUGGGCAAAGUAUAAACAUUGGAAAAGGUGUAAGCCAGUAAUCAACUUCAUUGAACGUUUCGAGCAAUGGAUAUCGUCAUUCUUGUCCUCGUCUUUGCUGGAACUUGUGCAGCUGCCCCACAAUUCUUGACACAACCUGAAACGAUUUAUGCGCAUCCGGCAGUAUUGUUGAACACAGCAAUGGAAAAUACUUUACCGUAUCAUCUAAGAAAUGAUUUUUAUAAAAAUCCAAAAGUCGCUUCCAGGCUUGCAAAGGAAUCAUGGUUCACUAAUAAAGAAAUGCAGGUAAUCGAUCGCGAGACGGACAAAAUACCACGAGAAAAAAUAUUCGAUGUUUUGCAUAAUGCUGGUCUUACUCUCUUGUAAAUAAUAAUCUCUUGAAUAUCUCAUUGAAAUUUUUCUAACAUUAUAAUUCGAUGUAUAACAGUUUCAUAUCGUAAGUAAAACAGUAUAGAAAAUAUUCGUUAGGUACACAAAUGAACUAAUAUGUGGUAUAUACCAUUGCUAAUAUAUCAGGUAUGUUUACUUCAAUUUUUUUUUAUAAAUUUGUGUUUAUAGUGUUCGUGUCAUUAGUUAAUUGGUAAAUUAUAUAGAAAAAC